UGUUUGUGGGUGGAUGUGUGGUUUAGUGUAAGAGAACGAGAGAAGAGAGUUCAGACAUGAAUAGAGGAGCUUGGACUGCCCAAGAGGACAGUAUCCUCGUAGAUUAUGUAAAAACUCAUGGCGAAGGAAAGUGGAGCAAAGUUUCAAAGGAAAGAGGUCUCAAGAGAUGCGGGAAAAGCUGCAGGAUGCGGUGGAUGAACUAUCUCAGACCCAAUAUCAAGAGGGGUAAUAUCUCACCUGAGGAAGAGGACCUCAUCAUGAGGCUCCACAAGCUCUUAGGCAACAGAUGGUCUCUCAUUGCAGGGAGACUUCCAGGGCGAACAGACUCUGAAAUCAAGAAUCACUGGAACACAGUCAUAAGAAGGAAGAUCAUCAAUGACAAUAAGAAGCAAUGCCAAUCAGAAAAUAAGAAACAAAACAACAAACCUUCUGACAGUGGCUCCCAUUUGCUGCUGACUGCAGACUCUGAUACAGUCCAUAUGAAUCCGGUGAAAAAUAAGGAGCUUCCUAGUACUGUUCUCCAACAGUCACAGAAUGCCGGAUAUCUUGAAACUGAUGUAAAUGCAGAACCAACCCAAGAUGGAAACUCAGGGAAUGGUACAGUGGUAAUGGAACCAAAACCUAGUAGUGAUGUAUCAAUUUCUUCCACAGAGGGUAACCCACCAGACGACAUAAUGGGUAACUACUUAGAGGAGCUUUUAAGGUCCGAUAUUCCAGCUUUAGAAUUCUGGAAAUUAUGCAACUUUGAUAAUGAUACAGUCGUAUAAAGUUAAAUUGGUGACA